AUGUCUAGCCCCCCUCCCCAUCCUCUUUGCCCCCUCUCCGCCUCUGAGAUCCAAGCUAGUGCACGCCUAGUGCAGGAUGCGUGGCCGGCAUCGGUAUCUCUGAGAUUCAAGGUUAUCACCCUCAGCGAGCCUCCAAAGCAGCAAUUGGCGCCGUAUCUGGCAGCCCUUGAGAAAGGAUCGCCUUCUCCGCUCGAUCGUCGAGCUUUUGUCGCAUACUAUAUCCGCAAGACUGACAUUUUCCAUGAGGCUGUUGUCAACUUGACAACAGGGACCGUGGAGAGCAAUGUUAGGCUCGGUCCCCAUCUCCAUGGUAAUGCAGACUACGAUGAGGCCCAAAUGAUCGAAAAGGUUGCCUUGGAGGACCCCAAGGUGCUGGCCGAGCUUGAAAAGCUCAAGCUACCAGAAGGCACCGUUGUGUGCGCCGACCCUUGGAUCUACGGAUCUGACGGCAUCGACGAUGAUCAGAGAAUGUACCAGGUCUUCCUGUAUAUGCGAGAUCCUGCCAACUCCUCAGAGCCCGACUCUAACCACUACGCGUUCCCACUGCCCAUCUCUCCUGUCAUUGAAUGCACCGAGUACAAGGUGGUUCGAAUCGACACCAUGCCCACCGGCGCAGACAAUACAAUCAAGCCUCCCGCUCCGUAUCAACCUACACCCGCCAACGAGUACAUCCCAGAGGCCCAGGAACUGCGAAAGGACCUCAAGCCGCUUCGCGUUCUGCAGCCUGAGGGUGCCAGUUUCACUGUGACACCUGUGGGCGAAACAGGGCAUGUUUUGGAGUGGCAGAAGUGGAAUUUCUUUAUCGGCUUCAAUCAGCGCGAGGGAAUGGUGCUAUACAACGUCAAAUACGACGGCCGACCUCUGUUCUACAGACUAUCCCUCUCCGAUAUGACCGUACCCUAUGCUGAUCCACGACACCCUUUCCAUAAAAAGUCAGCUUUCGACCUCGGCGAUGUCGGAGCUGGUACCACAGCCAACAACCUCCAACUAGGCUGUGAUUGCCUGGGCAGCAUCCAGUACCUCAGCGGGGUCAUCUGCGACGACAAGGGUGAGCCGGUACCCAAGGAGAACUGCAUAUGCAUCCAUGAGCAAGAUGCCGGCAUUGGCUGGAAGCAUGUCAACUACCGAACUGGUCGAUCUGCUGUUGUCCGGUCCCGUGAGCUCGUUCUUCAGUCCAUCAUCACAGUCUCCAACUACGAGUACAUUCUCAUGUUCAUCUUCAACCAAGCUGGAGAAUUGACAUACGAAGUACGAGCUACAGGUAUUUUGUCGACGCAGCCACUUGACCACGAGUUGAACAAGACCGGUGUAUCCUUUGGCACGGUUGUGCACCCUGGUGUGCUUGCUUGCCUUCACCAGCACAUCUUCUCUUUGCGCAUUGACCCAAUGAUCGAUGGACACACAAACCAGCUGGUCUACUCGGAAACUCACAAAAUGCCGCGAGACCCUAACUGGAAUGCUCAUGGCAUCGGUUAUGAACUUGUCGAAAAGACUGUUGAAAAGACGGCAGGACUUGACCUCGACUUUGAGCAAAACCGAACCUUCAAGAUCACCAACCCCAACUCACUGAACCCCAUCAAUGGCAAGCCAGUCGGCUACAAGAUCAUGGCUCCCCCAUUCCAAAAACUCAUGAGCGAUAAUGAGAGCUUCAACUUCCGCCGCGCCGAGUUUGCUGACCACAACAUCUACGUCACCACCCACCGCGACCGGGAGCUGUUUGCGGGCGGCUGGUAUACGAACCAGUCACGCGGUGGCACAGGUGUACGCAGCUGGGCAGAGAGAAGCGAGACGCUGACCCCAGAGUCUGACAUUGUUCUCUGGGUGCAGUUUGGUAUCAACCAUGUGCCGAGGAUUGAGGACUUUCCCGUCAUGCCGGUUGAGAUUCUCAAGGUGCAUCUCAAGCCUGUCAACUUCUUUACCAAGAACCCUGCGUUGGAUGUGCCGCCGAGUGAGCAGGGUUUCAACCAGAGCACGCUGAUUGAGUCGAAGAAGGCUGCAGAGGGUACAGAUGCAGGAUGUGGGUGCGAGCCAACAGUCUCUUCCAAGUUGUAA